UUCAUAGGGAUAAAAUUACCGACUAAUGCAAUUGUCAUUUUCAUGAACAAUCACGACUUAUUUUCAUAUUCUGAAAGAAAUGUAAAAUACUUUUAUUAUUGGGGAUUCGAACUUGUGAUGGUAAAGAUAAACUUAAUAGAAAUUAAAUUACAAAGGAAUGAGUUGCAUUAUAGUGGCAAGAUGUUGUUGUGUCGUGAAUUUAAAGGUGUGUUGAUUCGAUCUCCCAUAUAUACAACCUUAGGAGUUGAUUAUAUUUUUAUCUAAAAAUACUAAAAUAGGCUUGUCUUGUGACACACAUAAUCAGGCUUGACUCCGCCUAUGUAUCGUGUCCUAUCUAAGGUUAGUUUAGAGUUGGUCCAGUAACAUCAUCUACGUGUGAAUAUCUCGACGGGUUAAUUGCAUGGUUGGUCAAUGAGAUUACAAAAAACGUUCAUGUUUGGUCACUAGAAAUAUUUUUAAAUCCAAUCUUGGUCACUUAAAGUAGUUAAAUGGUUCGAAUUUGGUCACUCCCCGUCCAACUCUGUUAAAUUUGUCUGAUGUGGCAGUCAACCCUCAAAGUUGACCGUUAAGUCAGUUACGUGGCAAUUAAAAAAUAAUAAAUAAAAUAAAUUUUAAUCUUCUACCAUUUCCAACUCAUUUUCACAAUAAAAUAAAAUAAAUAAAUAAAAAUUAUUAUAGUUACACCAUGGAUCUGGGUUUACUGAAAACAUAGAUUUGGAUCUUGAAGAGGAACUCACCCUGUCUGGAUAUGCUUGUUGACUCGAGUUCCUUUUGGGGCUACAUGAUGGUGGUGAAACGCACCUCAGCUCCCACGGUGCCUAGCCUAUGCGGCUUUAAUUUUAGAACCGGGAGCAUGGCGUCGGUGAACCGGACCCCAUCGGUGACCUGUUGAACCAUCAGUAGGGAGUUGGUCGGAUCCGCCGUGAUGUACGUGGUCUGGGAUUUCUUUGAGGAGGCGCGUGGCUUCCGCUUGGUGACCUUUCUGGUAGCGCCGGGGGCCGCGGAGAGAAGUUGAUCCAGCCCUAAUCAAGAAAGGUAGGAUGGACAAACACGUUGAGCUCUUGUACUGCAUCUUCGAAGCGUUCGGAGUGUUGGCCAAGAAUUGCCACCUGCUGGAUGACCACCAACUGUUCGACAAAAUUUGCCAGUUACUACAACAAACUAAGAUGACCACGGCUGACGUUGCAGAGCAUUUGAUGCCGAAGACCGUCCCGCCGAAUGUAGAUGUUUGCUUGAGUAGUCCGGAGCAGGGCCUUGAAGUCGCGGAAGAGGAGGUGGCGGCGAGAUCGAAAGUAGAGGAAGAAGGAAUGAACAAGGAGGAGAAAGAGAUUAGUGCCGCUCAGCGGAGCGCCCCAUUUUCAAUUUCUAAUUAUAAUAUUUUUUGUUUUAUUUAUUUUACUUUAUUGUGAAAAUGAGUUGAAAAUGGUAGAAGAUUCAAAUUUAUUUUAUUUAUUAGUUUUUAAUUGCCACAUCACUGACUUAACAGUCAACUUUGAGUAGGGGUGGCUAUUUGGACCGGGACCGGAUUAAAAACCGAAAACCGGACCGUAUAACCGGGACCGGAUAGUAAACAAUCCAAUCCAAUCUUUGGGCUUAGAUUUGAUGUAAAAAAUCGGAUAAAGACCGGAUAAGAGAGCUCAACACCCAAAACUUAAGGGUAAUUUGCAUAAACGGUCACAAACCUUUGCACUUAGUACAAAACUUAACCAACUCCUCACCCUUUAAGGCCUUAGGCCACUCAAAUCCCACAAUCUCAAUGUAAAAUCAAGACCGAAUUGGGAC